AUGUCGAUGGCAACGAAUUAUAGGUACGAAGUGGAACGACCUGGAGCGAAAAAUCUACGGAAAGCGCUAAAAAGACAGAGGAGUGAAUCAAGGUAAGUGUAACUGGAUCAAUUUUGCUUACUUUCUGUUAGGUAAUUACGUAAAGAUCAAAUCCAUUGUGUGCUUUAUACUGCAGAGAAAGCGAUGAAAUUUGUUUCCAUUGUUUAGGAGCAAUUAAUAAUUUUGUCAGAACGAUUACGCUGAUCUUCUCUUCAGGCAACAAUGAUAUGUUGUUUUCACCAAGCAUUUUACAUUCUUUCAAAGAAAUGGCAUUUUUGUGCACUGCAUUAUUAAAGAGGCAUUAAUGUUCGAUUCACCGAGUGGUGAAAUCAGCCAAUGGCACAAAAAUUAAUAUCUGCAAAGACUACGUUGGGAACAAACCCUCGAGCACAAGUCAGGUCAUUCCUAGUACAUAUAAAUGUUGCGAAGGUCGAAAUAGAACUUUCCAUGAUUGUAGCUGUAAGAGGUGCGUGUGUAGAAGGGGGGGGGGGGGGGGGGGGGGGGGGGGGGCAAUAUAAAACUAAAAUGAAAAAGGUACGAAGAAUUGAGGCGUGGGGAAAAAAGUUUUGAUCCAAAAAAAACUGUUUUUUUUUUAUGUUUUUGGGAAAAAGUCAUAUAAAUCUUGGUUUUUUUUUAAAAAAAAAAAAAAAAAAAAUAUAACACAAAAACAGCUGGCAAAAAACACCCAACGAACCAAUCAAGCUACAUACAAUAUAUAUAAUUUGGGGGGAGAGAGAAAAGAAUCGGAGUGGAUGGGGGGGAGUGGGGGGGGGGGGGGGGGGGGGGGGGGGGGGGGGGUGGAGGGGGUGGAUGGCAAUAUACAACUACAAUGAUACAUGUACGAAGUACUGAGGCUUGAGGAAAAUAGUAUUGAUCCAACAACAAUCGUUUAUUAUAUAUGUCUUUGGGAAUAAGUCAUAUAAAUCUUGGUUAUCUUUUAAAGAACAAUGGUUGUUUUAUACAAUAAUAUUGUAAGUUAUAUGUUAGCAACAGGUCCACCCUGCUUUUGUCUUCUUGAGUGAAGUUCAGAUAUGUCCAAUGCUUUGCUUUGUCAUAACAUUUUUGCCAAACUUUGGCGACUUUUUGCCAUUUUCGCCAUUGCAUGCAUGAUCUCUGGACACAAGUGGUGAAGUCAGGCCUUCAAAGAUCAGUACCAUACCUGAACUUCUGGACUAGUCAAUCUUGUUUUCUCUCAUCAAACUGGUUUUCCAAGUGCAAGCAUUGGUUUAUUGAUAAACCACUGGUUAACUUUAUCACAGCAACAAGCAGAAUAUGCAUGCUAAAUAAAAAUUAUUAGCUACUGAUGUACAGUUGUACACUGUAUAUGCCAAAAGGGAGCAAACGUAAAUGAAAAGGUCUGCUAGCCUGGUUAGCCACUUUGCAGUGAUUGCAACAUACUUGUACAUGUUUUAGAAUGACUGUCCUUUUUAUUCUGGGGUGCGGGAGACAGACUCCGGGAUUUCUGGCAUAUUCCCUACCUACCAACCUCAUUCCCAGGGUUCUCUCCUACCCAUCCCUAUGGAGUGAGAGAGAGAGAGAGAGAGAGACCCUGGUUGGGUCUGCGUCAUUGUCUCCAGAGCAGGGUUGUCAGAAAGUUUUGAAGUAGAUGGCUGAGUUGUUAAUGUAAGCAGUCAGUGCUGGAGGGGCAAGCCUCUAGGGGGAUCUAGGGGCAUGCUGCCCAAGAAAAUUUUUUUAUUUAGACCCUCUUAAAUGCUGUUUUCUGCACUCUCCAGGGAUUUUCUCUCCCAAGUUACUGGAAAUCUAAAGUGAAUUAUAGGGUGAAUUAUAUUACUGCAUGUAGGCAUUAACUUUCUCAUUUUUUCAUUUUGAUCAUUCUUAAAAGUGAACCGUGUAAAUAUAAUGUGCAUUAACAUUAACUUACAAAUUUCAAAAUGCAGAAAUCAGUAGUUUUUGGUGGGUAUUUAUUUUUUUCACUCACCUGAAAAACGUCCUUAUUCAAUAAAAUGCAGUUCUACAUGCUGAUCGAUACUUACAAAGAUUAGACUGAAAACACUACACAUGGUUAAUACAUAGAAUAGCGGUCCACUGUAUACAGAUUGCACUUUCCACUGACCUGUCUAAGCUAUGUAUAGAGACAUUAAAAUCUCACACUUAACGUGUACCUGUCAAGUGUCACACCUAAGGCCUGAUUGUCACGCCUGCAGAUCGAAAACUUGGAUCUCACGCCUGUGUUCCAAGUCGUCACACCUGGUAGAAAAGUUUGAGCCAUUACAGCAUUAACUGACACAUUUUGAAAAAUAUAUUAAUUAUUUAAACAAACCAGAACCAAAGAGAGAAAAGAAAAGUCUAUGUGGAUGAUCGACUUUCUCCGAAUUCUCUUUUAUUAGUAGGGAAGUCAAUGUUCCUUUGUGUUCCUGUGUUUGUGUUAGAUGGAACUCUUCACAACUUCUUCGGAAGUCUUCGGAACAUCUUCGGACAUCUUCGGAUAUUAUUGGACCCCUACAAAAAAUCUUGGCCCUCUUAAGAUAAAAAAUGUCACGCCUAUAGAUGUAAAAAGGUUGGCGGGUACAAGUGAAGGUAACUUGUUGUUUCAUGUACUGUAUCUGCAUGGCAUUGGGCAUAAAUUGGUAAUUUCACAAACAUCAAAAUUUACAUGUAAUUUUUCUUUUUGUGGUAGAAUGAUGAGCUUAAUUCUGAACAGGAAGCAAAAGUCAAGAGGUAAUAAUUAUAAUAUACUUUUACAAGUAGCCUUAAGCUUUCAAUAUAAAUCCUUGUAUCAAACUUUAAAUUAUCUGUUGUUGCUCUCAGACAAGUAAAUAUUUUUUCAUAAAAGUAAUGGGAAGACACUGCAGUAAGAGACUUAUUAAGAAAUUAGAGACUGGUGCAUGUGACUUAUUUUUACUGUAGGUACUAGUCCAUCUAAAUCUGGAAUUAGAAAAUGAUUGUUUUUGUGGGUCCUUCUGUCCAUACUUUUAUCAAUAAGUGCACCCAAAUUUAACAUUAAACAAAAGAAACAGAUCAUAGUACAAAUCCAGGUUAGGCUUAUCUGUGACGUGAUAAUAGCAAAAUGCCUGGCACCCCACUGUUUUGUGUAAUAAUUCAUGACUCACAUUUUUUGUUUAGUGAGAUUAGAGUAAAUCAGAUUGCUGAAUGGAUGGAAAAACAAGAAGAGGUUUGUGAUUAUGUUGCCUAUACAUUGUAAAUCUAGAAAAAUGGCAUUAAAUGAUGUCAAAAGCAUAAAAUUUUUAUCCUGAAGUUCCAGUGCAGAGGGUUUUUGGAGUCAAGCAAACAAAAAUUAUAUUUACUUUCUUGUAUGGAAUUACAUUUUGUACAAUGUACUGAUGUGCGACUGUCAGGUGAGUUCUAAUAGGAAAACCCUAAAUCACGGUGCAUGUAAACAAUGCAAUAAAAAGGGGCAAUUUAUAAUGUUUUGCGAUUUAAAAUAUGAUGAUCGACCAAAAUCAGAAUAAUAUUAUUUCCAAAAUGGCCAGGUACACAAAAAGUUAAUGUGUUACACACAGCAUGGGUAGCUUUGUUAAUUACCUAUCAGCUUCACAGGAAAAAAUAACGGAUUCCCAUUUUUGGAUAUUUUAGGGUAUUUAAAGAAUAGCCAUAAAAAUCACAAAUUUGGCAAAGUGAGACAAGUCCCAACGAGGGAAUUCGCAACCAAGUUUCCUGAUUGGGACUUGUCUUGAUCACUCUUUCAAAUUUGGGUUUUUGUGGGUAUUUUUUAAAUACCCUAAAAUAUCCAAAAAUGGGAAUCUGUUAUUUUUUCCUGUGCUUCCUAGUCUACUGUCAGAGUGCGUUUGUCACACUGUGGAUAUAAAUAAAAAAGAUUGGUAACCAAUUCUGACUCAUUUCCACAGUCAUCUCUUUUGGUUCCCACCCACAUGGGGAAUGGAAAGCAAGAAGCACAACUAAAGGGAGGGCAAGGGGUGAUGGGAAGAAGGGAAAGAAAAGAGAGAGAAAUCCUGUUUCCCUCACUCUCCUUUGACCAUGGAUCUCAUGUUAAUAUUAAUAGGAGACUCAGAGGUGACUGGAGACAGAAGAGUCAGGGAGAGCCAAUUAAAUUACUGCGCUUUUCAAUAAAACAUAAACUCUGAAAUUAAAAAGCCAACAAGCUUACAAUAAUGUUUUUUGCUGCUGCAAGCAACAAGCAACGAACCUUGAAACACAGAAACACUCAAAAUGGAUCAAAAUCCACCAAACACAAAUCACAAACUGUGACCUUUUGAACUUGUGGUCCAAGUAAAUUUAUGUUUUGCGAGGUCUGCUAAGAUGAUCGACAGCAGCAAAGAUUGCAAAUAUUAGUUGGCUUUUGAACUUCAGAACUCAUUUGUUUUUGAAAAGUGCAGCAAAAAUGAAUUUUUAAAUUUACUUGUUGCAUUUUGCAGAAUAGUGAAAGACGAUUGCUAAAGCAAUGGGCUGAGGACACAAAACAGGAGCUGUCUCUUGCCAACAAAGAAUUAACAGCUGUAAGUUUUUUUAUUAGAUUAUUACAUUUGUACAAUUUUCAAAUCAAGGAUAAGGUAUAGCCAGAGAAAAGAAGAAAAAAAACUGUAUUCAACCUAGCUGCUGCUUUUAAGCCCUGUGCCUGGUUGCACAGAGGCCAAUUAGUUAGCUAAUUAGCCAAUUAGCCAAUUAGUGUUAAUCCAGUGAACAGUGUACAUUCUCCAAUAAAUUCUUGGCACUUAUUGAAAUUUCCAAGUUAAAUAGAGAGGUUAAUUUUGUUUUCUAAUUUUUAUCUCAAAGGGAGCGGGGUGGGGGAUGGGGGCGAGGGGGGUCUUUGAGUGUUUAAGGAACUGUCAUUUAGUAUAAAAUAACCUUACACACUGUAUACAUGUAUAUCUCAUAAUUUAUUUUUUGUUCUCAUAAAACAUUUCAGGUCAGAAGAGCCCAGCUUCGUAACCUACUAUAUACAGAGCAAGCUUUGUAUGAGAUCGAACUAAAUAACCAAGGCAAAACAUUUUUCAUUCAGAGAACAUGACAUCAACUUAUUACUCGUUGUAUAAUACGGUUAACAUUUUAUUGUCGUUGUUGUUUAAAUUUUACCUUGUUCAAUUGUUAAAAUUUAAUAAAAUGUGUAAACUAACA